UGAUUGGCUGCGGGCGAUGCCGCUCUCCUGAGGGAGUUCGAACGACGCGGGAAGCGGUGAAGGUUGUGUGAGCGGCCGGUGGGGGCUUGGUACCGGUACGGGGCCUCGGCCUGCGGCGCCGGAGCGGGGGGAGCGACCCCGGGUACCUCGGGUUAACGGCGCAGGAGGCGGCGGCUGCGCUGAACCCCCUGCGGGAGCGGUUUCCCCUCAGCUCCGAGCCCGGCCUUCCCGCCCUCAGCACGGCCCGUCUCGCCCGGGGCCCGCGUUUCUCUCUCCUUACGGGCUUUCCUCCGCCACCAUGUCGGUCAAUCCCAUGUCCUACGAAGCGCAGUUCUUUGGCUUCACCCCCCAGACGUGCAUGCUGCGGGUCUACAUCGCGUUCCAGGACUACCUCUUCGAAAUGAUGCUGGUGGUUGAGAGCGUAAUCCUGAAGAAGCUGGACGGGUUUCCCGGCUGCAAAAUCAGCCCCUUCCAAAUCCGGAAAAGCACGGAGAAAUUUCUUCUCUUCAUGAAGGCGCACUUCGAUAAACUCUUCAGUAAAAUGGAAGAAGUGCUUCUGCAGCUGGUGUUAAGCAUCCCUAAGAACGUGCUCCUUCCCGAGGACAAGGUCCAUGAGCAGUACCCCUACAGCAAAGAACAGUUUCAGGCGCUUCAGGAUGAGAUCAAUCAGCUGCAGCAGCAGUACAGGGCCGAGGCGUCUGCUGGGCAGGCGCUGCGAGCAGAACUGGAAGAGCAGAAGGCUGUUCAGGCUGAGCUUGAGAAGAUUUUGCAGUGGUUUGAUGGGCUUGAGAAUAUCUGUAGGGAGCACGGGACCGGCAACUUCAAAGAAAGCUUUGCGUUCUUGACACAGAACUCUAAGAAACUGCAAGAUGUGCUGAAAGAUGUUGAAGAGAAAAGCAAGAAAAUAAAGCAGAAUGAUCAGUUAUUGUAAUGGAAAUUUUGAAAAGGCAAACUGACACAGUUCAGCAACUUUUAGUCCAGAUCCUGGCAGGAUAUGGAAGGUGAAUGUACCUUCCUGACCUUAUGAACAUUGACUUUGAACACAACAUGGCAUUUGUUUAUUUUGAUUAUUAAAAAUAAAUCCACCUGUAAGAAUGUCUAAGUGACUUUCCAGGGUGACACCAGCUUCCAGUCGAUGUGUCUGUCAGUGAGGGCACCGGGACGUUGCAGCAGCUUCCCGAGGGAGCUGCCGUGCACAGGCAGCCUCUCGUCAAGGCCGAGGUGCAGUUCGCUGUGUUUGAAAAGCCGACACGGAGGAAGCCCGUAGAGACGAGUGAGACAGCGACGCUGUUGUUGAGGCUCCAAUGAGAAGUUGUUUGUGUCAAUGCUGAAUUUCAACCCAAUUUCUGAAAUUCCAGGCUCACCACUCCACGCAGGUUUGCAGCGAGGUAGCUGGUGUUUUUAAGCAAGGACAGCGUGCUGCUCUGCAGACUGACAACAGAGAAGCCACUGGAGGACAUGAGCAACUCCAUCACUUUGUCCUACUUUAGCUUCUGUUGCUUUACAUAUGUAUUUUGUUUGUUUGUUAGGUUUUACUUUUGUUGUCCAGUGCCCUUUUUCUACUAAAUAGCAAAGUUCAUUUUAUUCAUGUUUAAUCAGAUUUUCCUGUGCAAAUGUUGUCAAGGCUGACUGAUAUGUUUGAGUUGUUCUAAGUCAAUUAAGCUUAUUCUAUCUGUACUUGCUUCAGAAUACAUUGCAGCCUGCCUGCCUCUUUCCGCUCGCCUCAGCAGGUUUCAGAUCACCUGUAUCAUGAAAUAUCAAUCCUAGCGUAGAUGUGUGAAAGAUGUUAAACUUGUGAAUAAUUUAGAAGUUACUGCAAUUAAAAAAAUGUAUUAAGAGCAUAAAA